GGGUGCCGCGGCGCCGGUGGGAGGAAGAAGCCGUCCUAGCUGUGUGUUGUCCUCGCGGCCAGCGGGAAGCGAGCACCCUCUCGAAAGCCCAGGGGUCCCGAGACCCCUCUUACCAGCGCCAUGGCAGUUCCAGGUUGCAACAAGGACAGUGUCCGAGCAGGCUGUAAAAAAUGUGGCUAUCCUGGUCACCUGACUUUUGAAUGCCGCAAUUUUCUCCGAGUAGACCCCAAAAGGGACAUAGUUUUGGAUGUCAGCAGCACAAGUAGUGAAGAGAGUGAUGAAGAGAAUGAAGAACUGAAUAAACUGCAAGCGUUACAAGAAAAAAGAAUAAAUGAAGAAGAGGAGAAGAAAAAAGCAAAAAGCAAAGAGAAAAUCAAGUUGAAAAAAAAAAGGAAAAGGUCUUAUUCAUCCAGUUCCACUGAAGAGGACACUUCAAAACAAAAGAAACAAAGAUAUCAGAAGAAAGAAAAGAAAAAAGAGAAAAAGAGUAAGUCAAAAAAGGGGAAGCAUCACAAAAAGGACAAAAAGAAGAGAAAAAAAGAAAAACAUUCCUCUGCCCCUAAUAAUUCUGAAAUCUCCAAAAAGUAA